UCACCCGGAUGCUGUUUGGGGGUCAGUAGACAGGAUAGAGUGAGGAGAAAAGGGGGCAUCCGGGAGUGCAGGACGAGCUGCCCGCGGCAGGAGAGAGAAGGGAGGAGAGAGGUGAGGCCCUGGAAGGGGUGGGGACCGCUGGGCUGGCCCAGGCGGGACCGUGCACCCUGUGUGCGCGCGGCGUUGAAAUGCCCUGCACGUCGGGGCAGCGGGACAGAGCUCAGGGCGCCCAGGGAGUCUGCGAGUGCCUCGCUCCUCCUGCCGCAACCAUGACAGAGAACUCCGACAAAGUUCCCAUUGCCCUGGUGGGACCUGAUGACGUGGAAUUCUGCAGCCCCCCGGCGUACGCUACGGUGACGGUGAAGCCUUCCAGCCCCGCGCGGCUGCUCAAGGUGGGAGCUGUGGUCCUCAUUUCAGGGGCGGUGCUGCUGCUCUUCGGGGCCAUCGGGGCCUUCUACUUCUGGAAGGGGAGCGACAGUCACAUUUACAAUGUCCAUUACACCAUGAGUAUCAAUGGGAAAUUACAAGAUGGGUCAAUGGAAAUAGAUGCUGGGAACAACUUGGAGACCUUUAAAAUGGGAAGUGGAGCUGAAGAAGCAAUUGAAGUUAAUGAUUUCCAGAAUGGCAUCACAGGAAUUCGUUUUGCUGGAGGAGAGAAGUGCUACAUUAAAGCGCAAGUGAAGGCUCGUAUUCCUGAGGUGGGCGCCGUGACCAAACAGAGCAUCUCCUCCGAACUGGAAGGCAAGAUCAUGCCAGUCAAAUAUGAAGACAAUUCUCUUAUCUGGGUGGCUGUAGAUCAGCCUGUGAAGGACAACAGCUUCUUGAGUUCUAAGGUCUUAGAACUCUGCGGCGACCUUCCUAUUUUCUGGCUUAAACCAACCUAUCCAAAAGAAAUCCAGAGGGAAAGAAGAGAAGUGGUAAGAAAAAUUGUUCCAACUACCACUAAAAGACCACGCAAUGGACCACAGGGCAACCCAGGCGCUGGAAGACUGAACAAUGAAACCAGACCCAGCAUUCAAGAGGACUCACAAGCCUUCAAUCCCGAUAAUCCUUAUCACCAGGAAGGGGAAAGCAUGACAUUCGACCCUAGACUGGAUCACGAAGGAAUCUGUUGUAUAGAAUGUAGGCGGAGCUACACCCACUGCCAGAAGAUCUGUGAACCCCUGGGGGGCUAUUACCCAUGGCCUUAUAAUUAUCAAGGUUGCCGUUCGGCCUGCAGAGUCAUCAUGCCUUGUAGCUGGUGGGUGGCCCGCAUCUUGGGCAUGGUGUGAAAUCACUUCAUGUAUCAUGUGCUGUAAAAUAAGAACUAGCUGAAGAGACAACCAAAGAAGCAUAAGGCAUGCUGAUGCUGAUGGGACCACAAAAUAUUUUUACACUCUGAGCGGUUCUUCUUGACACUCUUAACAGAAUUUUUUUCCAGAACUUUAGUAUGUGCAAAUGUACUGAAAGGGUAGUUCAAGUCUAAAAUGCCAUAACCCCUUUAUUAUUUGUCAUUUUUUGCUUUGCUUUGCCAUGAGUCUUCCCUUGCUUAUAUCUUCCAAAGCUAUUUUGAAAUAAACAUGAAAAUUUACAAUUUG